GACGUUCCGUGACGGUGACGUUACAUGUGAACGUUUCCAUAAGAAUGCAUUCAACUAAUUUUAACGUUGACGGUGACGGAAGUAGUCGGACCGUCUGAGUUAUACAUUAAUCUGAGUAAUAUCUGACUUCACUGUUCUUGCUUUUUCAAAGUGAUAUUUGUUUUUUUUUAUUCUACUGAAUGUCUGAGCUAUCGCCACUCGUAUGUCAAAGCUUUCGGUCAUGCGCAGAGCUUUCGCUGAAAACGCCUAUUGCAGCAUGUUUUUCGUGCGUACAAAAUGUUUCCAAAUAGAUACGAAUGUACUGCAAAAUAGCAUGAAUAUGUCAAAAAUAUUUGCCAUUGCUCCAAAACAAGCCGAUAAAUUGAUGCAAAAUUAGUCUAGUCGAUAACCGGAAGUCUAAAAGAGCGCCAAAAUAGAAAACUUAACGUUCAUUCUGCAUGGAGCAAAUAAAGGAACGCUUUUGGAUGCAAAUUCAACGAGAUGUCGGAUUAAUACCUGAACAUAUCAUAAACAUUUUGGACUUUUGCGGUUACUCAGCCAACUGCUCUUUAGAAGCUAUCGAUGUUGAUAAAAUCAAAAUUAUUGAACGUGAAGCGAAAGAAAUUCCACAAGUUCUACGCAUACCCGGAAGUGACGAACAACAGAUGCAGAAAUACUUUGGAAAGUUUUAUCGGAACCCCUCAAAUUUUCAAAUUUUAAGUGGUGAAGCUCAGCAAAUUAUAAUGAUCGGCUUGUAUCUGCGACAGAAAGGUAUUGGUAGCUAUAUAAAAAUCGACGAGCUAAGCCGAGAACGACGUCGAAAGGACUGCGCAUCCGAGAUCAGUUCACUGGAGCAAGCAGCUAGAACACUAGGAGAGCGGAUUCAUACUUUCUACUAUAACCGCUGUGAUGGAUCACCGCAAAACAUAGAAUUUUGUAAUACGAUCAGUUCGCUACAGGUAACUACCGAGUUCGGUGAGGACGGAAAUAUGGUCGGACACGUUACGUGUCCAUUUUGUCAGAUGGCAAAGAAAUUGCGUGUUUCUCAAGACCGCUCGGGACAUUGGGUUCUGGCCAAUAUUGUCGCCCACAUGAAGCGACAUUUAGCCAAUAUAACUCCUAACUAUUCCGAUGUACAGGAGGAUUCAAUUGUGACCAAGAAGGUAAAAUUGGAAUCAUCCGACAAUGACGAUUCCUCGCAGUAUAGUUCUAACGCCUACGGUUUCACAAUGACUAUGACUUAGGAUUUUAGACAAAUAUAUUUAAAAUUUGCUUCAUAUCCUAAGUUUUUUAUCAACGGCGAAUAAUUGGAGUCAUUUAGGUGUUUGGUUUAAAAAGAGGGGUGUUAUUAUGAAGAUCAAAUGACAAGAUUUAUACAUUCGUGCAUUUUACAUUUAUGAGCAGACAACGCACUGUUAAGUCAAAGACGAAAUGUAAAAAUAAACAAUUGUGAAAAAAAAUAAUACAUCCAAAAAGAUUCCAUCGGGGUUAAGAAUAAAACU